AAUGAGUGAUUUUUAAGCUCAUAUUCUUUAAGAAUUUAGCUAAAUAAAUUAAAAGCAUAAUUAUGAAAUUAUUUUGUCUUUGAUAUCCCAUGGAAAGAAGCUGUUGGAUAACGUUUGUGGCCUUUUGCAAACAAACGAUGUCGUUUUAGCUGGUAGAAUUCUAUUCCAUAAGACAAUAAGCUCGCUCCAAAGCAACGCACUGAAACUGCCAUGGCGGUUAUUAAGUCCCUUAACUGCCAUAAACCUUUCCGUCCUUUAUCAACUCAACCCAAGAACCCUAAUCUCGUUUCCAUCAAUUUUGAUCCUCGAAUUCCAAAUCAAGCUUCCGGAUUUCGUUUUCGAGGCCGCCGUAACCUUGCCAUUAAUGGCUCGCUUCAAAACUCUGACCAAAACACUCCCAAAGGUGAUGAAGUUGAGAGUUUAGGAGUUAAAGCUGCGUUGUCCGUGCUUAAAUUCUACAAAAGGGAAAUCUCGCCUCUAAUUCCAAAGAGUUGCCGUUUUGUUCCCACGUGUAGUGAGUACUCAAUGGAAGCUUACAAGAAAUAUGGGGUUGUAAAGGGCACAGUCUUGACAGCUUGGCGUCUUUGCCGUUGCAAUCCUCUUGGUGGGUCUGGUUUUGAUCCUCCAAGGUGGUUUGAUGAGGAAAGGCCGACACAAGAAUGAGGGAUGUUGUUUUGGUUUUCCUAAAGCUUCCAAUCAUAUUUGGAUUAUUUUUACUUCACUCGGAAGAAAAUUACACACAUAUGGAAUAUCAGAGUAACUGAUCUGGACAAAUAAAUUUGGUCCCCACAGAAUAUGGUCCUCAACUAAGGCUCCAUUUGAUUGGUUUUGAAUGGUUGGACGAAUCAAAUAUGCUUCAAUUGUGGGAGUCUACCUCAAUCCAAACAAUGUUUAUGUCCACUUCAGUUUGGACCGCCAUUACCUGCUCUGGAACUUUGCAGCAGGAGCCAGAUUCUACAGUAAUAAUCAAUGUCUUCCAAAGACUUUGAUAAUGGAACCACCCAAAAAAAGUAUGUAUAUUUUUUCUGAAAUGGUUUGGGAACUUGGGUUUUCAUUAAACAGAAUCCCUCAUAAGCUGCUUGCCAAUUUUUUAAGGUAACUUUUUCAUGUAAUCAGGUUUAGGUUUAAGUUUCAUAAUGCAAGUGAAAGUUUAGAAUGGCUUAACAAAACCUGAAGGCGGAGCCAGAUUA